AUGUCCUACGUGCCAGUUUCGUCUUUUCCUGGACAGGCGCCGACAUCUUCACCACACGGACCUGGACCUAUGCUCGGUGGACCAGUCUUGCCGGCGAUUUCAGAGCUCCAUAGGCACCCUGAACCCUCCUCGCAUCCACAGUUCCGACCCCUCUACGCUGGGCAUCCAGGACAUCCAGGGAUCCAUCAAGCUGCACCACGGACGAACGGCUCCCCUCCACAGGCGCUGAAAAGACAGGCUUCUCAAACACCAUUACCAGAGGAGAGUCCGGCCAAGAAACAAUCCAAGUGGACCCCUGAAGAGGACAACUUGACGAUAGAACUCCGAGGCCAGGGGAUGAAGUGGGACGACAUUGCGAAACGUCUGCCUGGUCGCAGCUCCAUCUCUUGCCGGUUGCGCUACCAGAACUACCUCGAAAAGCGAGCAAUCUGGGAUGAGGAAAAGAAGAACAAGCUUGCACGAUUAUAUGCCCGCUUCAAAGACCAGAUGUGGCAGAAGGUGGCUACCGAAAUGGGUAUUCCCUGGCGUUCGGCAGAGUCGAUGCAUUGGCAACUAGGGGAGCAAGAAAUGAGUGCGCGGGCCAACGCUCCUGUCUUCCAGCUGCAUCCAUCUGCAACUGGAGCAGGUCUUAGCCCACCCUCACAAAUGCCUGCAGUACCCGCGCCGACCUCGCAUGGCUUCACUGCUACAAACGCUGCUCCUUUGAUGCCCAACCCACCACCAAUGCUUCAGCAGCACCACCAAGCGCCGUCACCAAUACCCCAAACCGCUAUGCACGGUUACCAUCAUCGGACGGACAGCGGAUCAAGUCAAGGAAGAAGGAGGAACAGCUCCUUCAGUCGUAGGCGAGCGGAUCACCGAUCAAGAGCCAGUGUCCCACCUCAACUCAGCCAACCUUUGCCUCAAAUACACGCGGCAUCAGCAGAGGACCUAGUCAGCGGGGCCAGGACUGCACCUGUUCCAGACCUCCAAUCUGGCAUGAAGCGCGAGGGAGAGAGCUCUAGCUACAUGGAGUCAUACCAGAAGAGGAGAAGAGAAGACGAAUACCUAGGACACUCGCGUUCCGAGUCAGACACCCGUAGCCAGGGGUUCAAGAGCCCUGACAGAGUUUCGCAACGCAGUGCGACUGGAAGCAUGAAGAGCAUGAAGAGAGAGCCAGAAGAAGUAGAGCGCCCAUCUGCCAUGCCAUCCCCGCCUCGCACGGCUCCGUGA